AUGGAUAGUUUAACUUUGGCGGACGAUUCAACGGGAAUAUUCCCCGAAGGCUACACUGCUCCUCGAACCACAGAGCAGCUGAUGCAGUAUCACAAAGACCACUUAACCUAUGCUAGCAUCGACUCAAUGAUCCCGAUGCACAAUAUUGAAGGGAGGCUCAGGAUGAUCGAGGAGAUCCGAGCUGGAGUAUUAAAAGACCAACGCAACAAAUCGAAAGGCUUUCGGUUUACUUACUUGGAACUGGCGUAUUUUCUGCUGUGUCCUGAACCGUCUCUUCGAAAAGUCAUUAGCGACCGUUUUCAUAAGAGCUAUCUACAAGCACAAAUCGAGUAUAUAGGAUCGUUUUUACUAGGCAUGUUGAACGAGAGUCCCAUUAGAGAUAAUGCAUACCGAAAGGAGAAUUCACGAGAACAGAAUCAAGAAUGUGACGAGCGCUUAACACAGCUAGAGAGAGGAAAGAAGAAUCUUCCACAGAAGAAUGCUGAGAAAGAAAAGUGCCUCGUCAGGGAUAAUUUUCGCUGCGUACUCACGAAAAACGGCUCGCCCAAAGUAUACCAAAUCUUGCCUUUCAUUGCGAGCUAUGGUAGCUGGACGUCUAUCCAGAAAUCAGACGCUGCUUAUUGUUUCAAUACGGUUCUUGACCCUGAGUCCUGGUCAGAGCUAAACUCCUUCGUUUUGUCUGGGCCUGAUCGCUGCGAUAAGAGUUGGAAUAUGAUAAGUCUAGGCCCUGACCUACGCGAAUUAUGGAAAGGGCACUUUUUCGGAAUUCAAUGCCUUGGGAUCCUCCCCAUCGAUCGCCAAGCUUCUGCCAUUUGGCUUCAGUUCCAUUGGAUGCCUCGAAACCAGCUCGAUUAUACGCACCGCUCAGAGCUAAAUAUGGACACUAUUCAAAGAAUGUUGCAGAAUAUUCCUCCGGAAGAGAGCGAUGCUGUUGAGAGAUAUCGCAGCUGCACUGGCCGUCCGCUUGAGACGGGGUACAUAUUUAGUAUUCGCAUGGGAAAGCAAGAGGCACUCAGCAUGAAGCGGGUGAUUGAUCUCCGAUGGGUCAUUUCUAGAAUUGCGGCAAUCUCUGGCCUUGCUAGGAGCCUUUAUAAGUGA